AUCGUACCGGUAACCGGUAGUUGUCCGUACUGGUGUCAGCAGCCAGCGCCUGCUUUUGACCUUGAGCAAGGUGACCCCGGGUCAGAAGCAGAAACAGAGACGGGCAGAGACUCGCAGACAGGCAGACGAGCAGUGAAAGCGUACGAGGGCCGGUGUGCAGCAGCAGCAGCAUCAUGUCGGCGCCGCAGUCGGACAUCGAGAAAAGGAAGCAGAUCAGCGUCAGGGGAAUCGCGCAGGUGGAAAACGUGACCAACGUGAAGAAGACCUUUAACCGGCACCUGCACUACACCCUGGUCAAGGACCGAAAUGUGUCCACCCCGAGGGACUACUAUUUCGCCCUGGCGCACACUGUCAAGGACCACCUCACCUCCAGGUGGAUCCGCACCCAGCAGUACUACUACGAGCGCGACCCAAAGAGGGUCUACUACCUCUCCCUGGAGUAUUACAUGGGCCGCUCCCUGCAGAACACCAUGAUCAACCUGGGCAUCCAGGGCGCUUGUGACGAAGCUAUGUACCAGUUGGGUUUGGAUAUCGAGGAGCUUGAGGAGUUGGAGGAGGACGCCGGUCUGGGCAACGGCGGCCUCGGCCGCUUGGCCGCCUGCUUUCUCGACUCGAUGGCCACGCUAGGCCUGGCGGCGUACGGCUACGGAAUCCGCUACGAGUACGGCAUCUUCGCGCAGAAGAUCGUCAACGGCGAGCAGCAGGAGGAGCCCGACGACUGGCUGCGUUUCGGCAAUCCGUGGGAGAAGGCCCGGCCCGAGUACAUGCUGCCCGUCAACUUCUACGGCCGCGUCGAGGAUACGCCGACCGGCAAGAAGUGGGUCGACACCCAGGUCGUCUUUGCCCUGCCUUACGACAACCCCAUCCCGGGCUACGGCAAUAACGUGGUCAACACGCUGCGCCUCUGGUCCGCCAAGUCGCCUGUCGAGUUCAACCUAAAAUUCUUCAACGACGGUGACUACAUUCAGGCUGUGAUCGAUAGAAAUAUUGCUGAAAAUAUUUCCCGCGUCCUUUAUCCCAACGACAACUUCUUUGAAGGCAAAGAACUGCGUCUCAAGCAAGAAUACUUCAUGGUUGCUGCAACCCUGCAGGACAUCAUCCGUCGUUACAAGUCGUCGCGGUUUGGCUCCCGCGAGGUGGUGCGCACCGGUUUCGACUCAUUCCCGGACAAGGUGGCAAUUCAGCUGAACGACACUCACCCAUCGAUGGCGGUGCCCGAGCUGAUGCGUAUCCUGGUGGACGUUGAAGGGCUCGACUGGGAUAAGGCAUGGGAGCUGACAAAGCGCACUUGCGCCUAUACAAACCACACCGUGCUUCCCGAGGCGCUGGAACGCUGGCCCUGCAGCAUGCUGGAGAACAUCCUGCCCAGGCACAUGCAGAUCAUCUACCACAUCAAUUAUCUGUUCAUGCAGGACGUGUCAAAGCGCUACCCUGGAGACAUGGACAAGAUGCGCCGCAUGUCGCUGAUCGAGGAAAGUGGCGAGAAGCGCGUCAACAUGGCUCAUCUCUGCAUCGUCGGCUCGCACGCCGUCAACGGCGUCGCCGCCAUCCACUCGCAGAUCCUUAAGGACAGCGUUUUCAGGGAUUUCUAUGAAAUGGAUCCUGAGAAGUUCCAGAACAAGACCAACGGAAUCACUCCAAGGCGUUGGCUGUUGCUCUGCAACCCUGCCCUCUCCGAUAUUAUUUGCGAGAAAAUUGGUGAAUCUUGGGUGGUGCACUUGGAGGAGCUGCAGCAACUGAAGCAGUUCGCCGAGGACGCUGGCUUCCAGCGGGCCGUUCAGAAGGCCAAACAGGAGAACAAAAUGCGGCUGGCCGAGCUAUUGACCAAGGAGUACAACGUCGAGAUCAAUCCGUCCUCCAUCUUCGACAUCCAGGUCAAGCGUAUUCACGAGUACAAGAGACAGCUGCUCAACUGCCUGCACAUCAUCACCAUGUACAACAGGAUCAAGAAGAACCCCAACGCACACUUCGUGCCCCGCACUGUCAUGGUCGGCGGCAAGGCCGCUCCGGGCUACUACAUGGCCAAGAACAUCAUCAAGCUGAUCUGCGCCGUGGGCAACGUGGUGAACAACGACCCGAUCGUCGGCGACAAGCUGAAGGUGAUUUACCUGGAGAACUACAGGGUGACCCUGGCCGAGAAGAUCAUGCCUGCGGCCGACCUGAGUGAGCAGAUCUCGACUGCCGGCACUGAGGCCUCCGGCACUGGUAACAUGAAGUUCAUGUUGAACGGUGCACUGACCGUCGGCACCCUGGACGGCGCCAACAUCGAGAUGGCCGAGGAAAUGGGCAUGGACAACAUCUUCAUCUUCGGCAUGAACGUGGAGGAGGUGGAGGCGCUGCACCGCAAAGGCUACAACGCGCUCGACUACUACAACAGCCUGCCCGAGCUCAAGCAGUGCAUCGACCAGAUCCAGAACGGCUUCUUCAGCGCUGGCAACCCUGAUACCUUCAAGGACGUGGUCAACGCGCUUUUGUACCAUGACAGAUUCCUUCUUCUUGCCGACUACGAGUCGUACAUCGUGGCCCAGGACAAGGUGAGCCAGACGUACAACGAUCAGCAACUGUGGACCAAGAUGGCCAUCCACAACAUCGCCAGUUCGGGCAAGUUCUCCAGCGACCGGACGAUUGCCGAGUACGCCCGCGAGAUCUGGGGCUGCGAGCCAAGCUGGGAGAAGCUGCCGGCGCCGCAUGAGCCGCGCGAGGAAGAAACCAAGUAGAUCAAGCACGAAAAAAAAUUCUGCUGUUGUUGCGCGCUGUCUAAGAAAGAAAGAAAGAAAGGAGGAAAUCUCUAAAAGAUGCAUGUUAACUAAUUGCCACGCAGUCUUAACUCAUUUUUUGAGCCGCCAUAUAAUACUUCUUGUCUUGUUAAUGUUGUUGUUUUGCAUUUCACAGUUUAUCAAAAUACGCGAGAGAGCAAGAGAGAACGAGUUGAAUAGUAAAUGUUAGGCCACUAAACCUGUAUUUAACGUAGCGACGCAAGGGAGACCGAUGAAAGUCCUUUUAUUUGUUUUUAUUAAUGUGCCAUACCUUGUUGGAAUGGAAAUCAAAAUGAAUAAAAUUUGAUCAAAAACAUGCA